AUAUAUAUUUGGUAUUUGUGUGUUUUGUUUUAUUAUUUGAAAACACUCCUGUGGCAGGUCAAAGCAGCAUGCAGAUCUUAUGAUUCACAUAUUUAGUAGCUUUUUCUUCAGUCUCUCUCCAUUUUUGACUCUUUGAUUGUGCCUGGAGUUUAUUUGUGCUGAAGCUCUUAAAAUGAUUACAAAGAACGCAAAAAGUGUCAUCGCACAGACACACGGACCUCCGGCAUGACUGUAGGACAAGGACGUACUCAGAGGAAAAACAGUUUAGCUUUCAUUGGGAGUUUUACAUGGCAGCGAGGCAAAAACAGGCUGUAUCUCUGCUUUCCAUUAAUCAGUGACUCACUCAGACCUUGGAGAUAAGGCGUAAUGACACGUGAGUCCUAUCAGCGAGAUGGACACUUCUGUUAAAGCCUCGAAGAUUUACACUGAUGUUGUCUGAGGCAUCAAACCCACUGCAAGCCCCCCUCCUCUCUUACCAGCAUCCCAUUCAUCCCAGCUAAAAGGGAACAAGAACAAAGAAUUUUGUUGCUGCUUCUGCUCUUCUUGUUCAGUCUGCUGCGUUAUAUUGCUAGACUUGUACCAUGUCCCAAUUCAGAAAUAGCUGCUUGUUAUCAUCCCUCUGAUCUUCAGAGGACAGUUGCACAGGCUGUUGGGACUAUACUUGAGAAGUCUACGGCGAGUGUGGGUGAAAAACAAGGGCGCUAAUGAUCUUGGAGGGAUUUCGAGAGAGUGGAGUGUGGAUUUUGAGUCUUACACUGAUGAAACUGGGUUAACUGUCGUUCAAAAAGGAUUUGCUUGUUGUGAUUGACAGUGUGUUGUGGUAGGAAGGGACAAUCCUAUAAUUAUUUUUACCCGAUCUAGCCGACUGUGAAUGAAAACAAACAACAUAUUUCCCAAGAACUGCAAAAAGAUAACCAAUAAUACAGACCUAUCGCUCCCAGCAAGCUUCGGAUAGGUCAUCUCAAAAGGUAAGUAUGUAUGAUUCGUCAGAGUCGCAGACACAAACACAAACAUCAGCUCAGUGUACAAAACAUAUUAUGUGCAUAUACACACACUCUCUCAUGAACCUUGGAACCACACGUAUGCAGUGAUGAUAACUGAGGCUAAAUCAAAUGUUACCCAAAUUGCAAAUAUUUACAGAUGAGUUCAAUCACCCACAGAGUAGCAUCCAUGAUGCCCUGAGCGCUUUGUGUGCUUUAUCCUUUUCAAAGCAAAAUUGAUUUUUCACACAUUUUUUAUUUUUUUAUAAAGUUAAAUGUAUUUUUCAUAGACAUGAUUUAGAAAUGUUCAAGGUCUUUAAAAACAUAGGGCAAUAAUUACACAUUUAAAAUCUUCACUUGCCGAUUAUAUUUGACGUACCUGCUAAAUUGAAUAUUUGUGUAUUUGGUAUUUGUUGUUUUUCGUUUUAUUAUUCGAAAAAGGGUCCUAUGACUGUUCUAUUAGCAGGUCCAACAAGGUUCAGAAGGGCGCUCCGGGUUCAAGGUAAACAACCGCUUCAUGGAGAACAUUGAGGCGGGCCGGAUGGUAACUCUAUCCUCACAAGUGAUUGGAUGAGGUUAUUCAAAAACAAGCCUCCCACAACAGACGAAGAUGAGGAUGCCUCUCAGGCUGGGGUUAACAAAGCCAGUAAAGGAGGAAUCAUCUAUGGAGACUACCUGCAGCUCGACAAAAUAGUCACAGCCCAGGUAUUGCAAAGUGAACUAAAGGGGAAUAAGAUCCACGAUGAGCACCUCUUUAUUGUCACCCACCAAGCCUAUGAACUGUGGUUCAAACAGAUUCUGUUUGAACUCGACUCAGUGCGGGAGAUCUUCAUCAGUGGACAUGUCCGGGAUGAACGCAAUAUGCUCAAAGUCAACACUCGCAUCCACAGGAUUGUAAUGAUCUUAAGACUGUUGGUCGACCAGUUUGCGGUUUUGGAAACAAUGACAGCCUUGGACUUUUUUGACUUUAGGGAAUACCUGUCUCCAGCCUCUGGCUUCCAAAGCCUUCAGUUUCGAGUCCUGGAGAACAAAAUUGGGGUCCCGGAUAACCUGAGGGUUCCAUACAACAGACGCCAUUACAGGGACAAUUUCAAGGGGCAUGACAGUGAGACGUUGCUUGCCACUGAGAAGGAACCAACACUCUUAAAGCUAGUCGAGGAGUGGCUGGAGAGAACUCCUGGCUUGGAGGUGGAUGGAUUCAAUUUCUGGGAAAGGCUGGAAAUCAAUAUAUUUGAUGGGUUGAAUCAGGAGAAGGAGAAAAUCGAGAAAAUGCCAGAUUCUGAGGAGAAGGAGGAAAUGAUGGCUGAGCUGGUCAAACAGAAAGAGCUGUUCACUUCUCUGUUUGAUGAAAAACGUCAUGACCAUCUCCUUAGCAAGGGUGAGAGACGACUCUCUUAUAAGGCUCUCCAAGGUGCCCUGAUGAUCUAUUUCUACAGGGAAGAGCCGAGGUUCCAGGUUCCUUUCCAGCUGCUCACAUCACUCAUGGAUAUUGAUACCCUCAUGACAAAAUGGAGAUACAAUCAUGUAUGUAUGGUGCAUCGUAUGAUUGGCAGCAAAGCCGGCACAGGGGGCUCAUCUGGCUACCACUACCUGAGAUCUACUGUCAGUGACCGCUACAAAGUGUUCGUGGAUCUGUUCAACCUGGCAACGUUCCUGGUGCCUCGCCAUUGGGUGCCCAAGCUAAAUCCCAAUGUUCACACAUUCCUCUACAUGGCCGAAUGCUGCGACAGCUCCUACUGCAGCAGCGAAGACUCAGACUGAGGGGGCAUCUCAGUCGUAGUCUGUCCUGGCUUCCUUUCUUUCACUGUAACCGACCUCACAACAGUAGAUUGGUUGUACAGCUAAGAAGAUUUAGAAACAGGUGCAUAGAAGAAUAGGUGGGUAGACUGAAAAAGCCCAUACAUAAAUAUUUUCUUAACAAUUAAUUGCAGUUUAAAAUAUAUCUAUCUCACUUUUGCAAUACUAAGUUUGAAAAAAGAUUGGAGUGAAACAUGGCAGGAAUCAUUUAACAUGGCUGACAAUGCAAACCACAAAAUGAUCCAUCAGUAACAGACAUUUGAUACCAUGUUACUGGUUAUUUAAAACAUUCUGAAGAAUUGGGAUUGUGACAUAUAAAUACAGAAAAAUAACAAUUAAUUUAAUUAGUUAAUUUUAAUGUUCAUGUCAAGCAAGGUAAACAAUGUCUCUCUGUCAUCUCGUAGUGACACUAAAAGCUCGGCAAAUAUCUUCCAAUUUAUUAAAGAACAGAACAGAAAAUGACUUGCUCAUUAGUUCCAUCAGGCUGCGGCACCAUGGUUCAUUCCCCAGUAACUUGUGACACAGUGCCUGACCCUGAAUAAAUCAAAUGGCCAAAUCAGACUACUUUAGUCUAAUAUCUAAUCCUGCUUGGUCACAAAGCAAAGCAGAUGGCUCCUUGCUAAGAUCUGCUUAGAUGUUUUCCAAUAAAAUUAUGUAAAUUCACAAGGACUGACCUGAAAGCAAAUGGAUCAGUGAGAACAGUGAUCAAACUGGUAGCAAUCAUGGGUUUGUACAAAUGCAUUAUCUUUCAUGCCAGCUUGGAGACGGUGUCAAAGAGGAAGCCAUUUCAGGCUAUUGCGAUGUGGCUUAGAUGUAAGAAGGUGUGCAUAAAAUGACAAUAAGCUUCUGUGUAAACAAUCAAUGUCAACAUCUACAAUAUUACAAUUUGCACAGCAUAUAUGUGAAGCUAUGAAAUGUGAACCAUAAUAUUUGUACAUAAUGUUAAUAAUGUGCCAAUGUAAUAAUGUAUUUGUAUAGUAUGCUAUAAAAUUAAUUUGGUUAUAUAUUUAUGCAGUGACUGCUCACUGUAUAGAUAAAUGUAUGAGCCACACCACCUAUAUAAUGUAUCUACCUUACGUAUUUAAUAAGAUAAUUGUUUUGUACAGUGCAAGUAUGAUCCAAUUUUCAUCAGGAUAUAAAGUGAUUUAUUUUGUUUCAGUUAUGUAACAUGGUGACAUUUCAAUAAAAAAACAACAUUAUUUAAAGUGA